CUUCUUCCCGCCAAUGAACCACGUAACGUCUCUGUUCUGUUGGCCCCGCCCCUUCACGCCCUUGACUAUAAAAGCCGCAGCUCCUCGUUUUCCUGCACUUCUUGUGUCUGAAUCCUCAAGGCUGUUCGUAGGACAAGCAGACAAAAUGCGUGAGUGUAUUUCUAUGCAUGUGGGCCAAGCUGGGGCCCAAAUGGGCAAUGCAUGCUGGGAGCUGUAUUGUCUGGAGCAUGGAAUCCAGCCUGAUGGACAGAUGCCCUCCGACAAAACAGUUGGAGGUGGAGAUGACUCAUUCAACACCUUCUUCAGUGAGACUGGAGCAGGAAAGCAUGUUCCCCGGGCCAUCUUUGUUGACCUGGAACCCACUGUCAUAGAUGAGGUGCGUACAGGAACUUACCGUCAGCUGUUCCAUCCUGAGCAGCUGAUCACAGGAAAAGAAGAUGCUGCAAACAACUACGCCCGUGGACACUACACCAUAGGAAAGGAGAUCAUAGAUCUGGUUCUUGACAGGACGCGUAAACUGGCUGAUCAGUGCACUGGCCUGCAGGGUUUCCUUAUUUUCCACUCCUUCGGUGGAGGCACUGGCUCUGGAUUCACCUCCCUGUUGAUGGAGAGACUCUCUGUUGAUUAUGGGAAAAAGUCAAAGCUUGAGUUUGCCGUUUACCCAGCUCCUCAGGUUUCUACAGCAGUAGUUGAACCCUACAACUCCAUCUUGACCACCCACACCACCUUGGAGCACUCCGACUGUGCCUUCAUGGUGGAUAAUGAGGCCAUCUACGAUAUCUGCCGUAGGAACCUGGAUAUUGAGAGGCCGACCUACACCAACCUGAACAGGCUGAUUGGCCAGAUCGUCUCUUCAAUCACUGCUUCACUUCGCUUUGAUGGAGCUCUGAAUGUUGACCUGACGGAGUUCCAGACCAACUUGGUGCCUUAUCCUCGUAUCCACUUCCCUCUGACCACCUAUGCUCCAGUUAUCUCAGCUGAGAAGGCCUACCAUGAGCAGCUGUCUGUGGCUGACAUCACCAAUGCUUGCUUUGAACCAGCCAAUCAGAUGGUUAAGUGUGAUCCUCGCCAUGGUAAAUACAUGGCCUGCUGUAUGCUGUAUCGUGGUGAUGUCGUUCCCAAAGAUGUCAACUCGGCUAUUGCUGCCAUCAAGACCAAACGCAGCAUCCAGUUUGUGGACUGGUGUCCCACAGGCUUCAAGGUAGGCAUCAACUACCAGCCUCCAACUGUGGUUCCUGGUGGAGAUCUGGCCAAAGUACAGAGAGCUGUGUGCAUGUUGAGCAACACAACAGCCAUCGCUGAGGCCUGGGCCCGCCUCGAUCACAAAUUUGAUCUGAUGUAUGCCAAGAGGGCCUUUGUCCACUGGUAUGUUGGAGAGGGAAUGGAAGAAGGAGAGUUCUCAGAGGCCAGAGAAGAUAUGGCUGCCCUUGAGAAGGAUUAUGAAGAGGUUGGCACUGACAGCAUUGGAGAGGAGGAGGAUGAAGAGGGAGAAGAAUACUGAGCAGUUUAGCAUUGCCACAUUAAAGUUCAACUUUACACAUUCUUGAAUGUUUAUGAAGUCCGUUUUCUGCAGCACUUAGAACCUUUUGGCAAUUUCAUAAGCCUUUUGAAACUAAGUUUUGCUGUUUCCUUAAAUAAAGUGAAUUAAGUUUGAAA